AUGGUAACCAAAAGUUCGCUGUAUCGAUCGUAUAAGCGAUUCACAGUAUUUGUCGUUCCAGUUAUUGCUGCAACAGUGGUAUUUUUGGAUUGUCUUUGCUUUCUAGGCAAGUGUUACGAAGACGCUGCUUUCCAGAAAGUCAAAAUGAUGAAGGGGAAGAGUCUAAUGUAUAAAGACAGAAUUGAUGCGAUUCCACCUGGUGAAGAUGUCUGGCGAUGGUGA